AUGAAGCGGGCGAGGUCCCCGGACACAAGCCCGCCGCCGGCUGGUGAUGCAGAGACGACUGCCCACCAGCCCAAGAUUUCGCGAAAGAUACGUGCCUGCCAGGCGUGCCAGCAUCGCAAGGUCAAGUGCGAUCUCGAGAAUGGCCAGGAGCGCUGCGGUCGCUGCACGCGCCUGGAUCUCAAGUGCAUUGUCAACAAGAGCCUCCAGACGCUGCUCGAUGGCGAGAAUGAGUGGAAGAAUCAGAUGGAAGCCAAGGUUGAGGCUCUGCAAACCGCAUUGGCCGACGUACAACGCCUCCUCGGCGCACACAACGGUAACAUGACCAACACAACGCCAGGCACAGCGGGCAGCCGUCAUACUUCAGUGUCGCACGUCCAUCACCAACCGCAACCGCAACCGCAACCACAACCACAAUCCCAACCUCAGCCGCUGCGUGGCCCCUCACCAGUGGUGUCGCAAGGCGCGCAAUCCAGCUUGUCGCCGUCGCUGCAGCGAACGGCAACCGCCAUGACCAGAGAAAACUCAAUCGAGCCCGGAGCUCCAGACAAUGACCCCCAGGCUAUUGUCAGUGCCCCCAUGGCCAGUCUAUUUGAAGCGACCAAGCUGCGAAACAUCCGAAGCGAUCCCUGGGCCCAUCACGGUCAACAGCACCCAUCGCUCAAAUCGCCAGAGACUGAUUUCAUCGCCCAAGGUCGGGUCAGCUUAUGCGACGCUGAAUACCUUUUCGACACCUUUCGCGGAACCCUCAACGCCUAUCUCUGGGGCGGCAUUGCCCUGGUUCACGAAACGCUAGACGCAGCGCGCGCCUCGUCCUCUAUCCUCACCUCGGCCAUUCUCGCCGUCACCUCUCUGCACACACAAGACGAGGGCCGAGCCUUUGAUGUAUGCUAUCCUGUUUUUCUAGGCCUCGUCAGCCAGGCCGUUUUUGAUCGUUACCAUACCCUGGAUGACGUUCGCGGCCUGUGCAUCGGAGCCUUUUGGCUCUCAGAUUUGAGCUGGAAGCUGUCUGGUCUUGCCGUCCGCAUCGCCACAGAGCUCAAUCUCCACCAGUUUUGCGCAAAGUCGUUGAGAGACGGUAGUCGCUAUGGAGACGAGGCUCGACUGUGGUACUUUCUCUAUGUAUGCGACCAUCAUUUCAGCAUCGCCUACGGAAGGCCGCCUGUCAUUAGCGAAACCCCGACAAUCACUUGCCACGAGCACUUUUUACAACGGCCAGAUGCGACACAGUCCGACUUUAGACUCCACAGCCAAGUUGGUAUCUUUAUUAUUCUCAGCCGAGUCUUUCAUGCUUUUGGCCCGGAUAGAUCUCGCAUGAUUGGCAAUGAUGAGUUUGAGGCUCUGCGGCGCUUUGAUGCUGACAUGGGAUUUUGGCGCGAUCGCUGGAAGGAUAAGCUACAGCCAAACAAAUAUGUAUCACAAUACCCCUCCAAAGGUGUAUUCCUGCAUUAUCAUUUCGCCCGGCUACUGCUCUUCUCCAUCUGCUUGCGCGGCUUGCGACCGUCUGGCGUUUAUGCAAUGUCGCCGGAGCGACGGCAAUUCGUCAACAAGGCCAUUAGCAGUGCUACUGCUGCCCUGGACCUGAUUCUCAACGACCCUGAUAUGAGGGCAUCAAUCAUUGGAGUGCCGUUAUAUCUGCUCACGACCAUGGCCUACGCAUGUCUAUUUCUUAUGAAGUGCCAAGCACAGUGGAAGUCUGCCAACCUCAACAUUAGCUACGAGGAAGUCGUGCCACUCAUUGAAGGAGCCAUAGCUGUUCUCAACGCCACCAGGCCCUGUGUUCGACACGUUGCCCACUAUCUUGGCAACGGCCUCGGCAGCAUGCUCGGAAAGUUCAAGGAGCAUUAUAAUCUUGACAUGGGCAAGCCAGAGAACGGGGACCAGUCGGCCUCUGCGCAACAAGUUUGGCCACAGGGUGAAAUGUGGCCCGACUGGAACGUAUGGAUGUUUGGCAACGGCGAUUUGUCGCAGCAAACCCUGACCCAGGACAACUAUGGACUCAACUUUUUGGAUGCCCUCAACUCGCAAAUGCCGGGCUGA